UCAUCAGUUAUCAAACAAGCAAGUUAAGAAAAAAAAUGGCAACCUUAAAAUUUCUUUUAGUUGUCAUUCUUUGUCUUGCAUUUGCCUUCGGGCUUGCUAAUUCACAAGGCUUGCAAGUAGGGUUUUACAAGAAAACAUGUCCAAAUGUAGAAGCAAUUGUCAAAAAGGCAACAACUGACUUUGUUUCUCGUGCUCCUACUUUGGCUGCCCCAUUAUUGAGAAUGCAUUUUCAUGAUUGUUUUGUUAGGGGAUGUGAUGGUUCAGUGCUACUGAAUUCAACAAAAGGUAAUCAAGCAGAGAAAGAUGCAAUUCCAAAUCAAAGCCUGAGGGGAUUCCAAGUGAUUGAUGCUGCUAAAUCUGCUUUAGAAAAACAGUGUCCUGGCAUUGUGUCUUGCACUGAUAUUUUAGCCUUAGUAGCUCGUGAUGCUGUUUCACUGAUUAAUGGACCAACUUGGCAAGUAGAGUUGGGAAGAAGAGAUGGGAGAGUUUCAAUUCUCUCAGAGGCCAUAAGAAACCUGCCAACUCCUUUUGACAACUUUACUACUCUAAAAUCAUCAUUUGGCGCUUUGGGCCUAAGUGUAAAAGACCUUGUUGUUCUAUCAGGUGGACAUACUCUUGGGGUAUCACAUUGUUUUUCCUUCGGAAGUCGUUUGUACAAUUUCACUGGUAAAGGUGAUACAGACCCAAACAUGGAUCAGAACUACAUAGGUCAAUUGAAGACCAAAUGCAAGCCAAAUGAUGUGACCACUACUGUUGAAAUGGACCCUGGAAGUGCCAAGAAUUUUGACACAGAUUAUUACACUAUGGUUAGCAAAAGAAGAGGGUUGUUCGCAUCUGAUGCAGCUCUUCUCACAAAUACUCAAACAAAAGCUUAUGUCUUGUCCCAAUUAAAUACCCCUGGAUCAACUUUCUUCGAGGAUUUUGGAGUAUCAAUGGUGAAUAUGGGCAAAAUUGGGGUCCUUACUGGGAAAGCAGGUGAAAUCAGAAAACAUUGCGCUAUUAGAAAUUAAUUAGAGGAAUUUUAAUAAGCUAUUUCCCUUGCAGAAUUUUAGCUUUCGUAUCGUUUUGUUCAAUGGGAACUUUACGUGCAAUUAGUAAUUUCUUCUUAUUUUAUUGUAUGUUUUUUACUUUAGUUUGUUAAGCAUGUAAUUACUACAUUAAUAAAAGUGUUGU